AAUGUCAAAGGGUUCAUUCAUUUCUUACUCUACGGCUUCCUUUUUCUUCAUAGUUCAUAUUUCAGACAUUUGACUACCACACAACACAGAGUAACGUCAAGAAUAUUCUCAAUCACAAGAGCUGAUUGAAUUUCUGUAUACGACCGACAGGACGAACUUGCGCAUAUUAGAAGGAGGGAUCCAAUAGGACGUUGAAAUUGAUUCUGAUACAUUCAGAACAAACAUAUACUCGAGAAAACUUAGUUGCAUUAGAGAUUAUUGUGCAGGUACAAGAAAACUGUAAACCUUACACGGAAUCUGCGAACGAACGGACAACGAAUAGGACGAGGCGAAAGGAAACGUGCGCUACCUACUGCAUUUGCGACUAUAAUUACGAUUGCGCAUCUGAGAGGAGACUUGUCUAUAGCUGCGACUGCGAGUUGAUCAACGAUACGAACGAAAUAUAGAGGGAAAAAGAAACAGAGAAGAAAAAGAAAGGAAAAGAAGAUAAAAUGGCGACAAAUUCAAUCAAGUUACUCACGGGUAACAGUCAUCCUCAGUUGGCAAAGUUGGUUGCUGAUAGAUUGGGCAUUGAGCUUGCAAAGACUAUGAGCUUGAACUACUCAAAUCAAGAGACCAGCGUCACAGUAGGAGAGAGUGUCAGAGAUGAAGAUGUCUUCAUCCUCCAAUCCACCGCACCCGGCGAUAUCAAUGAUGGGCUCAUGGAACUUCUCAUCAUGAUCAAUGCUUGUAAAACUGCCUCAGCACGUCGCAUUACAGCUGUCAUCCCGAACUUCCCCUACGCACGUCAAGAUAAGAAAGAUAAAUCCCGCGCUCCUAUUUCUGCGAAACUUAUUGCAAACAUGUUGCAAACGGCUGGCUGCAAUCAUGUUAUUACUAUGGAUUUACAUGCAAGUCAAAUUCAAGGUUUCUUCAAUGUUCCGGUCGAUAAUUUGUAUGCGGAACCAAGUACUUUGAGAUGGAUCAGAGAAAACUUGGAGGUUAGCAAGUGUGUGGUUGUUAGUCCGGAUGCGGGCGGUGCUAAGAGAGCAACCUCCAUCGCCGACCGUCUUGACCUUGGCUUUGCCCUUAUUCACAAAGAGCGCGCUCGUCCUAACGAAGUAUCCCGUAUGGUCCUUGUCGGUGACGUUGUAGACAAAAUUGCCAUUCUCGUAGACGACAUGGCCGAUACCUGCGGCACCCUCGUCAAAGCCGCUGAAACUGUCAUGGAACACGGUGCCAAGGAAGUCGUCGCUAUCGUAACUCACGGAAUUUUGAGCGGAGCAGCAAUCGAAACAUUAAACAAGAGUAAAUUGAGCAGAGUCGUUGUUACAAACACAGUUCCUCUGAGAGGAAAGGAGGAGACUUGUGGAAGAUUGAGAGUUAUGGAUAUCAGCGCGACGUUGGCCGAGGCAAUCAGGAGGACGCAUAAUGGAGAGAGUGUGAGCUUUUUGUUCACUCACGCACCUAUGGAUUAAGGGGCUAUAAGAUGUGGUCGCAAAGACACUGGAAGAUAGAUCAAAAAAUGGUUUCUUGGGUUUCACUCGGGGUUUGUGGGUAGGCAUGUAGAUAGAAAUUUACUAGGAAAAGAAAAAACAGCAGUGCGGAUUGCAGAAGAUGGGAUUCUCUCUCUUCUUUUUGUAAUGCAAUAUCCGCUUUGCGUGGGGUCGUAGAGGCCUUACUCACUUACAUAGGCACGUUUAAAUAUGUUAGAUAGGGUCUUCUCCAUAUAUACAUAGGUGUGCGGGAAUCAGAGAAAUUUUAAAUGCAUCGAUAU